AUGCAACACAAUGAUACAAGUUCAAAUAAUUUAUUUACAAAUAUUGAACGGUUAGGUACACGUGAUUUAUUAUCCCAUGACCAAUUUUCAUAUGAUAUUAUAUUAACAUCAAUCCAAAAACAAACAAUAAUUGCUAGUUCAUCAAUAAUAUCAUCAUCAGAUAAUAUUCUUAUUGAACUUGUUGAAGAAUUAUAUGCACGUACAAAACAAUCAACAACAUUACCAUAUGAAGCUUUACUUUUAUUACGUCCUUUAUCAUUAUUACUUGCACACAUUAGUUUCUUUUUCGUGCUUUAA